AUGGUCUUGGAGCGCAAGGAGCACUACUUUGAUGCCCUACGCGACUACUUCAGCUUCCUGGUGGACCACGCUGCUGGCGAGGCAUGCUACCUGCCAGAGUUGAUUGCUCGGCUAGUCGUGUUUCGACAGCAGCUGUGCAGUGCGUCCCCUACGGACAGCAACCGCCAGCAAGCAGCUGACAUGCUCGACGGUACCAUAGAGGCCUUCCUGGCUGCAGAAGAUGGAAGACUGGACGACGAAAGUCUCGACAAUGGCCUGGUAUGUGACUCAUCGCCGGCAUGGUUUGGGCAAGAUGUCUCAGAUCGAAGCCGCAGCUACAGCUACGGCUUGCUCAUCGGAGAGGCAGCCCUCCGCAAUGGACGACGCAGCACUGCUCGGAUGAGACAGCUGGGCUCAACAACUCAGCUGAUGCAAGGUCCUGUGGAGGGAAGUCCGCCCAAGGCUGCCAACGAAGCGGGAUUUGGGCCUCAGCUGGCAGGGCCGGCAGGAUUUGGGUUUGGAGGGCCUGCAGAGCAAGAGCUGGCAGAGUUACGUGCCGAAAACAAGAUCUUGCGGCGCCAGCUGGAAAACCACCCAGAGCUUUUCCGCCUGUGCUCAGAGAACCGGCUGCUGCGGGAACACUUGGCUACUCUGGUCCAGCAAAGUGCCUCGUCACACCAGGACAUGGAUUUUUACCAUGGGCGUGCGAAAGGGCGACUGGCCAUGGAUGGGAGCACGCAUGGUGACUUCGCAGAGAAGGAUAUGUCCUUGGCCCGUACAACAUCAAGACUACUGAGCACAGGGGAGGAUCGUCAAAACGAAAAAGUCGAACGUCGGGUCGGUGAAGGCCAGCGCUUGGCCUUGAAGCAGUUUCCCGGCAUUGAGGAGGUGACGCACCUGAGCUCUGACUCCGGAGAGGAUUCUGAUGAUUCCCUGCGGCGGGAGGCUAUCCAAUGGGAUGCAAUCAACAGCACAUUGGACAAGCCUCUCUGUCUCUAUGGUCUCUGGCGACAGGCUCGGGACGUAGCUCCACGAUUUUCCGAGCAUUCAGCUGUGCAAGGCAAAGGCAAAGGGUGUGCAACGUCUCAGCUGGAUCGCGGUCUCGGUGCUUUGGCAACAGGACUGGCAGACGUCAACUCCUUCCUGCCGGCCAUGGCUCGGCAGGCUUGCGCACAGAAGUUUCAGAGGUGA